UGCUCUUGCCUUGUCUCUGUCAUCAGCAGGUGAGCAGCUGGUGUGUGGAAGCCAGGCGGACCCGUUUUACGAGUGUGUGCUGACCUGUCAGCUCACGUGUUGGGACCUGCACUCAAGUGAUUGCCCGGAGGAGACAGCAGAGAAGACCUUGGGGAGUAAAGAAUUGAAACCGGGCAGGUCCGGGGUUGGAAAAUCAGCGAGGAGGAACUUAAGCAUAAAAACUACAACCACACAAGACCUUAUCAGAAGUGCCCUCAGACAAACUGGGAACCCGCAGCAGCAGGCAAGCUUCAGGAACAACUACCGCAGGGCAAGAGAAGUGGUGCAGCUCAGAAGACAAAAGUUGGACACCCACCUGGCUGUAACUGAACAUGGCAGGGGAUGUGAAACGGUUCACACGCAUGCUGCUGGAGUGCAGCAGCAAUGACAAGCUCUGUGUUGUGCGUGAGUAUCAGACUGAAGUGAUCGUUGUCCCAGUUCUCCUGGUGGGUUUUUUUGUCAUCCUGCUGACUGUCAUCCUUUGGCUCCACUGCCGAGGCUUGCGAGCAAAGCAGCAGCAGUCGGCGUCGCCUGGGCACCAAGUGAAUGCCGUGAAUCAGCGGGAAUCCAGCUCCACAGAGAGCCACUACAUUCAGCUGAGUGAGACCUCUGUGGAGGCCCUGCUGAAUUCUGCCUCCUGGGCUUUGAAAGACCUGAAGAUACCACGAGAGAAGCUCUCAGCAGGCAGCCUGCAGCUAAUAAAAGACGGCCGCUACGGGAGCAUCUACAGAGCACAGCUGGAAACGGGGAACCCUGGCAAGCCCAGAAGUGUGGUGCUGAAAACCUUACGAGGCCAGGCUUGUCCCCAGGAAGUAAAGGAUUUCCUGGGAAGGAUUAAAUUCCAUCAAAACCUUGGCCAUCAUGAAAACCUGGUUGAAUUGGUUGGAUGCUGUGUAGACCAGCUCCCACUUUAUAUGGUCUUGGAAGAUGUGUCCCUUGGUGACCUGUUGACAUUUCUGUGGACAUGUCGGAGGGAUGUGAUGACCAUGGAUGGUAUCCCCUACGACCUCACUGAGAGGCAAGUGUAUGAGGUUGGACAGCAGGUUGCAGCAGCCCUGACUUACCUUGAACAGAAGAAAUUGUUCCAUGGUGACGUUGCUGCCAGAAAUGUCCUCCUCCAUCACAACUUCACUGCCAAACUCUGUGGUUUGGGUCUGGCCUAUGAAACUCACAAGUGUGGUGUGAACUUAGUCACACAGGGUGUGCCAGUCAAGUGGCAGGCACCUGAGCGGCUCCUGAAGAAACCUGCCAGCAUCAAGGCAGACAUAUGGUCUUUUGGAAUCCUGCUGUAUGAAAUGGUUACAUUAGGUGCUCCACCAUAUCCUGAGGUGCCACCUUCUGACAUUUUGUCAUACUUGCAGAGACAGAACAUUAUGAAGCAGCCUUCAAACUGCCAACAAACCAUGUACAGCAUCAUGAAGUCGUGCUGGCAGUGGAGUGCAGCUAAGAGGCCUUCUCCAGCAGACCUGCUCCAGGCCCUGCAGACAGCUGUGAAAACCAGCAAUGGCCACGCAGUGCUGCAGGUGCCCGAGCUGGUGGUGCCUGAGCUCUAUGCUGAUGCUGCUGGUGUGGACCUGCAUGGUCUAAUGACAGAGUACACAAUUCUCUGAAGGACCUCAAGUCCAAGGACAGCCCAUGGAGGGGACACACUGGAGCAGGUGAAUGUGCCUGAAGGAGGCUGUGACCCUGUGGAAAGCCCACAUUGGAGCAGGCUUAUGGCAGGACUUAUGGCCUUGGGGAGAGAGUGGAGUCCAUGGUGGAGCAGGUGAAGAGCAUGAGGAGACCUCCCCCUAAGGAGGAAGGAGGGGCAGAGCUGGCAUGUGCUGAACUGACCAUGACCCCCAUUGCCCAUUUCCCUUUGCUGCACAGGAGGAGGGGUGGAGAAAACAGGAGUGAAGCAGGAAAGUGGGUUCAGGAUUUGGGUUUCUUUUUCCUCAUCAUACUUUUAUUUUGAUUGGCAAUAAAUAAAACUCAUUUUCUGAUA